GCCUGGCACAUGUCUCUCAAACGUAAGUUCAAAUAUGAGCGGGUGCCACUGGUAGAUGAUGAAGAGGUGAGAAGAAUGAAACAGAAAUUUGGUCAUCACACAAAGCCUUUACAACAGGAAGAAAACACAAGCAAACGAGCCAAGGCAUCAAAGAAGGUGGAUAUUAUUGGGGAGGAUGAUACCUCAGUAGCGAGCCAUGUGAAAGUCCUGCAGGACCAGUAUCAGAAGACACAGCCAGAUGCCCGAAUGGUGGAGGAACGGAUGAUAAGGACAUUUGCUUGGAGAAGGCGAGAGAUUGCCAAUGGGAUGACUGUCAAAGAAGCCAUUAACAAAUAUCCAUUCCUUAAGAGUCCAUGCGGGCUAUUUCAGGAAAUGGGCCGGCUUCAUGAUGAAAUGAAUAUCUGCCGAAGAUUCGAAGAUGGCUUUAAGGUCCUAGUACCCAAAGUGCUUAGCUUGACUCAAAGGAAAUCUCCCCUUGCAGAUCUGGCUUUGGAGGAAGGGGGGCUGCCUUCACUGAAGAUGUCCCUGGUAAGUGACUGACUGAUCAGCCAUGGUCACCCCUAGUGUUGUGGAGCCAUUUAAGAUUCAUUUCUUUUCUAUUUGUCUUCAGACAAGAUAAGGUCUAACUAACCAAAAUACACUGUACAUUAAUU